AUAUAAUCUAACCCUCGUGGACUUCUGACAAUUUUCCUCCAGUUCCUCCCCGAGAAAUCUAUCCCCACCGGAGCCGAUCUUUCUCUCCUUAAUUCCCAAAAUAAUUUUCAUGGAUACGUUGUUUAUCGAUUCAAUUAAGGAGUUGUUGUUCCGUUCCCCACUUAAUUCGUCUUCAGUUCACGAUUUUCCUUUUCCAAUAGCCUGUUUUCAUCGGUCUGAUUUUACUCAUCCUUGUAUCUGUUUUUGCUAACCUAGAUUAAGUAAAUUAACAGCAAUUAAAGGAUUCGGAUUUGCGUCUGCGUCAUGGGUCGAAGAAGUUCUCAGAAGAAAGGUGCUGCAAUGCUUGAUAGCGAUGAUGCAGAUAGUGUAAGCUCGUCUUCAUCUAUGCGCUCGGACAAUAUGAUAGUCCCUGGUAUCGAGGAAGUGCAGGUGGAUAAAGACGUGUUGCUUGAUCAGUGCUUAGAUGCUUUGUACGAGAAGAGAGGUUCUACGAGGGAGAAGGCUUUGACAUCAAUAAUUGAAGCCUUCAAUAACAGCUUGCAACACGAGUUUGUUGAAAAGAAGUUUGCUACGUUGCUGCACCAGUGCUUGAAUUCUAUUAAAAAGGGUUCUGCAAAGGAGGUUGCUUUGGCAUCCCACGCAAUAGGACUUUUAGCUAUAACUACCGGUCCUGGGGAGAAAGCACAAGAGAUCUUGGAAGAAUGCGUCUCUCCUAUAUCCGAGGCCCUUAAAACUCGGCCUGAGUCAUCUAAGAUAUCUGCAUUGCUCGAGUGUUUGGCUGUUGUUACUUUUGUUGGUGGUGAAGAACCAGAACAGACAGAGAAAUCAAUGCAAAUACUAUGGCAAAUGGCACAUCCAAAAUUGGGUUCAAAUGUGGCUGCUGCCAAACCUUCACCGACAGUAAUUACAAUGGUGGUCUCUGCGUGGUCGUUUCUUCUUACCACUAUGAAUGGAUGGGCACUUAACCCUAAGAGUUGGCAAGAGUCAAUUUCCUAUUUCUCCACUCUGCUGGACAAGGAUGAUAGAUUGCUGCGCAUUGCUGCUGGUGAAGCACUUGCUUUGAUUUUUGAAAUGGGAAGCCUGGAGAAGUUCUGUGGAGAGACUAAAUCCUCUGGUGACCCCUCUAUUGAUGAAGGGAAUGAUUCCCGGAAAUUGAUGUAUGUACAUGGGUUAAAGAAUAAAGUCCUUAAUCAAGUGCGUGAACUCUCUGCUGAGGCUGGUGGCAAAGGUUCUGUGAAGAAAGAUCUCAAUAGUCAGAGGAACACAUUCAGAGAUAUUCUUGAUUUUCUUGAGGAUGGUUAUACCCCGGAAAUCUCAAUGAAGAUUGGUGGAGAGUCUCUAAACACAAGUACAUGGGCUCAAUUGAUACAGCUAAACUUCCUGAAGCAUUUUCUUGGAGGAGGAUUUGUGAAGCACAUGCAGGAUAAUCAAUUUCUUCAUGAUGUCUUUGCUUUCACUCCCAAGAAAAAGUUUCUAGGAGCUGAGUAUCGUAUGUCUGGGGGUGAAAAGAGGAUGUACAAAUCACCUAAUUCGGCACUUAACAAGGCGCGGACGCAAUUACUAAACAAACAACGAAUGUUAUCCCAGGAUAAAAAUACUGGUCAUUUUGCUGUUGGUUUUGUUGACAGUUGAAAUGGCAGCAUCGAAGCUGAGGCUGUUGAUUUUUAUCUGCUUAUAUCGUACAUGUAAAACAUCUGAAAUAUCUAUAUGUGGUUCACUUCGACGUUGGUAUAGACUGCAGACUUCCAAGUUGUGUAAGAAAGAAUAUCCAUAUGAUUGGGAUUCAUUUAUUAGAUAUCGUGGUAAAUCUAGUGGCCAGACAUUCUCAUCUCACUUUGUUGAGACCAAAGUCUUCGCUGUUAUAAGGAGUCAAUCUCCCCGUGUCUUCCGCA